GAGAAAGAGAGGAGAAAGGAGAGAAACAGUAGACAGAGACAGAAAGAGAAAAGACAAAUAGGAGAACGAGAGAAACAAGAAAAGAGGAAAGAAGAGAAAAAAAGAGAGAGAGAGAAAAAGGGACACUCCCCUUGGCCUCCCCUCGCUCCCGUGCCCUCACCCGACGAAGACUCCCGACCAAGACUCCCGACCAAGACUUUGACUCCCAAAGACUCCGAAGACUCCCCGACAAAGACUCCCGACAAAGACUCCCAACAAAGACUCCCAACAAAGACUCCCGACAAAGACUCCCGACAAAGACUCCCAACAAAGACUCCCAACAAAGACAAACACAAAGACUCCCAACAAAGACUCCCGAAAGACUCCCAAGAGACUCCCAAAAAGACUCCGACAAAGACUCCUAACGAAGGCUCCCAACAAAGACUCCUAACGAAGACUCCCAACAAAGACAGACUCCCGACAAAGACUCCCAACAAAGACCCAACAAAGACAGACUCCCAACAAAUACUCCCAAAACUUCCAACAAAGACUCCCGACAACAAAGACUCCCAACAAAGACUCCCAACAAAGACUCCCAACAAAGACCCUCCAACAAAGACUUACAGACUCCCAACAAAGACUCCCAAACAACAAAGACUCGACGAAGACUCCCGACAAGACUCCCAACAAAGACUACCAACAAAGACUCCAACAAGGACUCCCCAAAGACUCCCAACAAAGACUCCGAACAAAGAACACAAGACUCCAACAAAGACUCCCAACAAAGACUCCCAACAAAGACUCGACAAAGAUCCCAACAAACUACCUCCCAACAAAGACUCCCGACAAAGACAAAGACACAAAGACCCACCAAAGGACUCCAACGAAAAGACUUCCCGACAAAGACUACUCCCGACAAAGACUCCCAACAAAGACUCCAACAACAAAGACUUCCCAACAAAGACAGAUUCCUACAAAGACUCCAACGAAGACUCCCACAAAGACUGCACGACAAAGACUCCUAACGAAGGCUCCCAACAAAGACUCCUAACGAAGACUCCCAACAAAGACAGACUCCCGAAGGACAACUCCCGACAACAAAGACUCCCAACAAAGACGACUCCAACAAAAGACUCCCAAGACUUCCAACAAAGACAGACUCCCAACAAAGACUCCCAACAACAAAGACUCCCGACGAAGACUCCCGACAAAGACUCCCAACAAAGACUAACAAACAAAGACUCCCAACAGGACAAAGAGACUCCCAACAAAGACUCCCCAAAGACUAGAAGACUCCCAACAAAGACAGACUCCCAACAAGACUCUCCCAACAAAGACAGACUCCCAACAAAGACUCCCAACAAAGACAGACUCCCAAACACAAGACUGACCCAACAAGACCUCCCAACAAAGACAGACUCCCAACAAAGACAGACUCCCAACAAAGACAGACUCCCAACAAAGACUCCCAAAGACUCCCAACAAAGACUUCCAACAACAAAGACUCCCAACAAAGACUCCCAAACAAAGACUCCCAACAAAGACUUCCAACAACAAAGACUCCCAAACAAAGACUCCCCAACAAAGACUCCCAACAAAGACUCCCAGAAGACUCCCAACCAAGACUCCCAACAAAGACAGACUCCCAAAAAAGACUCCCAACAAAGACUCCCAACAAAGACAGACUCCCAACAAAGACAGACUCCCAACAAAGACAGACUUCAACAAAGACUCCCAACAAAGAAGACUCCAACAAAACAGACCUCCCAACAAAGACUCCCAACAAAAAGACUCCCAACAAAGACUCCCAACAAAGACUCAACAAAGACUAAACGACUCCCAACAAAGACUUCCCAACAACAAAAGACUCCAACAGACUCCCCAAAAACUCCUAACAAAGACUCCCAACAACGACUCCAACAAAGACAGCAACAAGACUCCCAAACAAAGACUCCCAACAAAGACUCCCAACAACAAAGACUCCCAACAAAGACUCCCAACAAAGACUCCCAACAAAAGACUCCCAAAAAAGACUCCAACAAAGACUCCCAAGCAAAGACUCCCAACAACGAGCCCAACAAAGACUCCAACAAAGACUCCCAACAAAGACUCCAACAAAGACUCCCCAAAGACCCACAACGACUCCAACAAAGACUCCCAACAAAACUAACAAAGACAACAAAGACUCAAAGACCCCAACAAAGACUCCCCCCAACAAAGACUCCCAACAAAGACUCCAAACAAAGACCCCAACAAAGACCACAAAACAACAAAGACUCCCCCAACAAAGACUCCCCAACAAAGACUCCAAACAAAGACUCCCCCAAAGACUCCAACAAGACUCUCACAAAGACUCCCAACAAAGACUCCAAACAAAGACCCCCCCAACAAAGACUCCCAACAAAGACUCCAACAAAGACUCCCCCAACAAAGACUCCCAACAAAGACUCCCAACAAAGAAGAAAGACUCCCAACAAAGACUCCCAACAAGACUCCCAACAAAGACUCCCAAAGACUCAAAGACUCCCCAAGGACUACUCCCCCAACAAAGACUCCAAACAAAGAAAGACUAACCAUCAGUGUCUUCACUAUCUUCCAUUUUCUGAUUUCUGUGAGAGUGUCUUCACUAUCUUCAUUUCUGAUUUCUGUGAAAGUGUCUUCACUAUCUUCCAUUUUCUGAUUUCUAGGACUGAAGCCUCUUUGGUUCUGAGUCUGACCUUGGCACCCUUCGAGGGAGAGCUCUUGGCCCCACUCGCUCGCAAUCUGUUCAACACCCUGAUGCACAAAAAAAAAAAAAAAAAAAAAAAAAAAAAAAAAAAAAAAAAAAAAAAAAAAAUAAAAAAAAAAGACGACACGCGAGACGAUAACACCGACGCAAGGACCAUUAGCAAACUCCAAGGAUAA